UGGAUUGAAGAACAUGUGCUUAAAGGCUAUAUGGAGGUACACACCUAUACGACCUCUCAAAACAAUUGGCAUGAAUUGCGUGCAAAAGCUUGGCGCCAAGCAGUUAGGAUUGCUACUAGGUUCGAAAACAUUCCUCUGAGCCUAGCAUAUUAUGGUUUCCGGGAGUAUACAACGAGCAAAUAUCUCGCGUUCGUGAAAGAUCUUGACUCUGUGUUUUUUGAGAUUUGGAAGCUGGUCAAUCGGCAGCAGAUGUCUUUCAGAGAUGCUAUGGAGCAUGUGUAUGAGGAGAGCCCGUUUCCAUUAAGCAAACGUGAUUUGGAGCACGAGCUGAGUCACCCUGUCUCAUUGGGAUUGGAGGAAAAAGUAAUUUAUCUCUUACGAUGCAAAUUGCUUUGGUACCUCUCCUUGUAG